AAAGGGCUCUCAUCUCAAACGCACCACAUUUGCAGGACAAUUGGAUAAAAUCAUCUCUAUAAUGAACUCCUCGGUGAUUUCAUGGAUGUCUCCGCCGGUCAUGAACAAUUUCGAUGAGGAAUUUUUAGCUUCAUUCGGGCAAGACUUUGGGAACUAUUUAUCCUCUCCAAGAAGCUGCAACUUGACAUGUUCUUCGGCUUUGAUUAAUAACAACAUCCAUCCAAGCAGCAACUCAAACUCAAACGACUCGAUCUACACUUCCUUCGGGCUCGAACAACCUAAGAUGAUGUCACAUCAAGACCCUGAUAGUAGUACAUACGCACACUUUCCAAACAUGAUAAGCCAGAAUUGCAUGAUUAGUUAUCCUGCCGACCAAGUUUCCACUGAUGACCCCACCAUUUUGAACUACUUUGUGAACCACAAUCCUUCACAAAAUAUCCAGCAGCCACAGGUGAAUCAUAUGCAAUCAAAUGGCGAAGAAAAUAGUGUUGGGCCUGAAAUUGUAACGGGCCACGGCCCAAUAUAUAAUGUGAAUGGGGAAGAAGGUGAUGUGGCGAUUAAGGCUCAGCCAGUAAAGAAGAAAGCUCGAAUUCGGCCGCCAUCGCAAACGUACGAUCACAUCAUAGCCGAGAGGCGGCGGCGUGAGCAGCUCAGCCAGUUAUUUGUUGCACUUUCGGCCCUAGUGCCCGGUCUAAAGAAGAUGGAUAAAAGCUCGGUCCUUGAAGACGCCAUAAAGUAUAUGAAACAGCUCAAGGAAAGAGUCGAAGCUCUUGAAGCAAACGCGGAAAAGCACGCAAUGGAAUCAAUUGUUCUCGUCAAGAAAUCACAGAUUAUAUUAGAAGAUAAUGAAGAAGAGCAAAUUAGCAGCUGCCUUGAGGAACAAGCAUUGCCUGAGAUUGAGGUUCGAUCGUGCGAGAAUCACUUGCUCCUCAAGGUGCAUUGCGAGAAGCAAAAGGGCGUUCUCGUCAAUUUGGUCAACAAAGUCGAGAGCUUGAAUAUGAUCGUCAUCAACACUAAUGCCACGACUUUUGGGAAUGUCACGCUCGACAUCACCAUUGUUGCCGAGAUGGAGAAAGAGUUCAACUUGAAGAUGAAAGAAGUUGUGACAGCUGUACGAGAAGCUAUUAAGUCUGGCGAUACCUGAAACUGAGAUAUGGUGAUGAAAAUGUUCGACGACUGAAUGUUGACAAUGCCUGAAAUAGAAAUAUUAGCGGUGUUCUUAUUCAUUUUCAUGAGUAACAAAUGAAAUGAGUUUGUAGUAGUAUUUACGUAAUAAUAUCUUGGUCUGAUGAACGGGAUGCCUUGACAUUUAUGUAUGUGUUUGUUGUGGAAUUUUACUUUAUUUUCAUGUAGGGAUUCAAUAAAUGUGGGAACCCAAAUUAAAGGAGGGAGAACUCGUCUUUCAUCUAUGUACAUUAAAGAAAAUGUUACAGUCCCGUUACGGAACCAUUCCGUUACAGAUUUAUAAAACAAUAGUCAGAUUUGUGAUAUUAAUUGUUUGCUCUUUG